AUGCCCACCAAACCCCCCCACCCCUCCGACUUCCCCUCCCACCUCACCAUCACAAUCACCCCUCCCCAAUCCCCCACAUCCUCUUCUUCACAACCAACACCUAACAUUCUCCUUCUCCUCCACGGCCUUGGAGACUCCGCCCCCUCCUUCACACAACUAGCCCGCGCCCUCAACCUCCCCGAAACCACCAUCCUGACCCUCCAAGCCCCGCACCCGCUCCCCUUCGACCUACCCGGCUUCCACUGGGGUGACGACGUGACGUUCGAUAAUGCCGGCGGCCUAGAUAUGGACGCUGGGUUCGGCAGGGUGAUGAAGACGAUUACGGAGGAUGUGGUGAGGGGGGUUCUUGUGGGGAAGUGCGGGUAUCGGUUGCGGGAGAUAUUACUGCUUGGGCUUGGGCAGGGUGGGAUGCUUGGGUUGAGUGCUGCUAAGGAGUUGGGUUUGUCUGCGACGGGGGAGGAUAAGUGGUUAUCGGGGGUGAUUUCGGUGGGUGCGCCGUAUCCGUUGUCUGGGAGUACGGUGGUCGCGGCGAAGAAUCGGACGCCGGUGUUGUUGGUUUCGGGGAGGGAUUCGCCGGCUGUGACGGAUAGUGCUGUGUCGCGUACGAGGCAGGUGUUUGACUUUGUGGAGGUACACCGGUAUGCGAGGAAGGGUGAUACGAUGCCGCGGAAUCGCGAUGAGAUGUUGCCCGUUAUGCAGUUUUUUGCCCGGAGGUUGCGCAGUAGGCAGGGUGUUCCUGAGGGAAGUGUGGAGUUGACUUGA